UACCCCCCGGUACGCCGGCACGGCCCACUGCCAGCGCGGGGGAGUCCGUCGAAGCAUCUUCCCGUGUCGCCGCAUAUUUCCCCAAGCUUAGUGCCCGGUCGCAGGCAGAAUGAGGAGACACGGUUAGUUUCUACUGGCAUAAGCGGAGGCUGGCCCAAGCGCCGUGGAUAACUCGCCGCUGGCAGGCAGGAAAAGAUGACGCACCUCCCCGCUUCCACCGUCAGAGAUGGACGUGCCCGAGGAAGACGCUAAUAGUCCGGGCUGGAUCUUUAAAUCUGAAGGGGGGAGUUGUGUGCGGCCCUGGCGAGCGUUGUGUGGGACGGCGAGGGGCAGCGGUGCUUCAUAAAAUAACUUCUAAAGCAAAGCAACAGAAAUAAAAAGUGUCUUUGUGUUUUCUAAAACUAACCUGAUUUUGCAGUCUUGCAGUAGACACACCGUGAAUUGCUCACACUCCACAAGUGAUUUGCAAGACUUUGGGCCACUACACUGCAAACAACAUUAAUCAAAUCUUUUGAUGGACCACAUCCUGCAACAUUAAUAUUUUGGAGGUCUUGUUUACUGUGUAAACAAAGUGAAGGGAUUCAGAAUGCCUCUCAAUGAUGACCAGAACAGUGACUCAGAUUCUUCACGGCUCUCAGAAAGCACAGUUUCUUCCAGUGACACAGAAUAUUCCAGGCAGAGCUUUAACAGUGAUUCUUCAAGCAAGCCCAGCUCCCCAGCGUCAGCUAGCCCUCCCAAGGUUAUCACAUUUGAUGAACUGAUGGCAGCUACAAGAAAUCUGUCAAACUGGACUCUAGCUCAUGAAAUUGCUGUAAAUGCAAAUUUUUGCAUAAAACAUGAAGACUACCCACAAAACAGCUUUGCAGGCACAGUGAAACAAAUUGUACACAAGGCAUUUUGGGAUCAUUUGGAAUCGGAACUGAAUGAAGAUCCUCCAGAAUACAAACAUGCUAUCAAGCUUUUUGAGGAAAUUAAGGAGAUUCUUCUUUCUUUCCUGACUCCUGGAGCAAACAGGAUUCACAAUCAAAUUUGUGAAGUUCUUGACACGGAUCUUAUAAGACAGCAGGCAGAACACAAUGCUGUUGAUAUUCCUGGGCUAGCUAACUAUGUCAUCAACACUAUGGGAAAGUUAUGUGCUCCAAUAAGAGACAAUGACAUAAAACAGUUAAAAGCAACUGACAAUAUCGUAGAGUUACUGAGACAAAUAUUCCGUGUUUUGGACCUGAUGAAGGUGGAUAUGGCAAAUUACACAAUUAAAAGCCUUAGACCAUACCUCUGGCAUAACUUGGUGGACUAUGAAAGAACAAAAUUCCAGGAAAUUCUUGAAGAAACACCAAGUGCCCUGAAUCUCACAACAGAAUGGAUAAAGGAAUCAAUAGAGGAUGAAUUGUCAUCUAUUUCUGAUGAGUCUUCAUCGUGCCCUGGUGCUGAUAGUAGUUCAAAACCAAUUAUUAGUCCUACACUGGUGCUAAACAAUGGCUACUUGAAACUGUUACAGUGGGAUUAUUGCAAAACAAUUCCAGAGACUCUAAUAACAGAUGAAGUUCGUCUUCAGGAGUUGAGAGAAAAGCUCAAUCAAUUAAAAGUCAUAGCUUGUGUUUCUCUCAUAACAAACAACAUGGUGGGUGCAGCAGUUGUAGAUGUGCCUGAUUUCACUGAUCAUCUGAAAAGGAUCUCCCUUCCUCUUCUUGAAGGCAUGAAUAAGAAAAGUUUUGACUUGAAGGAGGCUCUGAAUGCUAUUGGCAUCCAGAUUUGCAGCAUAGUGAACAAGUCUCUAAGUGAAAGAGGUCUUCCCACUCUUAGUGAAGAAAUGCAGAGUAAUUUAAUGGGUCAAAUCGCUCAUAUUGUUGAGAAGAAUAAUCCUGUCUGUUCCUUGAUUGACAAACGAAUCCAGCUCUUCAUGAGAAGCUUGCUUGCCCUUCCGAGUUUUCAGAAGUGUAUGCCUACUAUGCCAGGAGGCCUUUCUGUGAUUCAGAGAGAGAUAGAGUUUCUGGGAUCUCAGUAUGCAAGCAUUGUAAACUUCAAUAAAAAAGUGUAUGGACCAUUCUAUGCAAACAUACUUAGAAAACUGCUUUUUCCUGAGGCAGCAAUGGAGAAAACAGAAGCAGAAACAUCUAGCAAUUAAAAAAUGUACCCUUUUUUUUAAUCUUCCAAGACAGUGGGGAAGUCACAUCUCUAAAACAGCCUGCUCCAGUGACUGUUGAUGGGGAAAGAUCUUGUAAAAUGUAUACAGAUCGUUUCUGAAAUUCACUGUAAAGAAAUUAAUGUCAAGGUCAUAUAUAUAUUUUAAUAAAAAAAUAUUUGUUUAAUGGAUUGUCACUUGUAAUAGCCAGUGAAUUAUUUAUUUCCAUAGCAAGCAUUUAUUAUGACUUGCAGUGGGAAAGAACUGGCAAUGUAUUUACUGUUUUGCCACCAUCAAAACAAUGUUAUUUUUCAGCUCAAAAAUAUUUACAUAUAGCAAUGCAUCUUAGGAAAUGAGAAAACAACUGUAGAUAAAAUGUACUAUGCUUACAUAGUAUUUUUGUAGAGUAACAUCUCAGACAACAGUUAUGUUUCUGAGAAUACUUUGAAGAGGAAAGUAUAGCAUAACUGCUUUAGUAACCAAACCCAGGUUGAUACCAGGCCAAGUUCAGGUACUCCUGCAAUUACUGGACCCAGAACUUUGCCUCUGUUACAUUAAGGAAUGCCAGUGUUACAAGCUGUUUGCAGGACAGCAGUUACAGAAGCAGCGUUCACAACUUCAAUUAUGAAUGAUUCAAAACUUCUCAACUCUGAGAUUAACGAUAAACACCUGAGAAACAUGAUGUUGGGGGUGGAGUAAAUUUCUGUAUAUAAAUGUGUUUAUAAGCAUUUUGUUUAUUCGGUGGAGGUCAAACAGAACUUUUAAGAUGUGUAUGUAUUGAUCUUUGAUUGUAAUGGAUGGGUAUUAAGUAUUUUUAACUUGGGUCGUUCAAACCUUUGUUCCCAAAAGCACUUAACCCUGACCUCAGAGUGUACCACAGAAGAACUGCCCCUUUCAUGCUCUUAUCCAACAGGAUGUAAAUUUUCACAAGAUAUUCUUAGAUCUGAAAGCAAGAGCCUGAGUAAUUAGUAAUUUUUGAAAAUAUUAUUAUAUUCACUUUUUUAUGGAGUGUGUGAGAAAUGCUCCUGUUUUCCUCAAAUUUCUUUGGACUGUGCCCCAAUACUUAGAUUUAAGAAUACUUACAUUUAAGGCAUUGGGAGUCUUGCAUACAGCAAAUUAAUAGGAUUGAAAUAGAGAAAUGUGGAAGUGAACUCCUUUAAGUUUACACAGGCUUUAUCUUGUGUAUUUCAGAUUAGUGGGAUUAGAUAAUGCUGGAAUACAUAUUAUAGACUUGUUCUUGCCUAUGAAAUUGAAUAAUUUACUUGAAAAUGAUAUUUUAAUAUAUUACCAUAUGAUACUGCUUUUAAGAUGUCAUAUAUAGAAAACCUUGGUGUGGUACAAGUUAGAGCUUGUUUUUAAUAUUUUAUAUUACAGUUUAUUUUUUAUGAAGAGACAAAAAUAACCUGUAAAAGCAUAAUGUGUCACACAAAUUGUUUAUGUACAUUACUGUGUCUAUCAUAAAGGUCUAAAAAAACCUGGGCAUUAUUAGCACUGUGGUUUUGUAGUCCAUUUCUACAGGAAUGUGUACCCUUUAUAGCAAAGGAAAUUACUUCUAUUCAGUUGUUC